CCUCAUCUCCUCUCGCUGUCCCACCAACACCACUGCACGUCUCUGCAUAUAUAAACCUCAUCUCGUUCCCUACUUGCAACUAAAGUCAUCGCCAUCAUCGAUCGAUCGAUCACAACUACUAGAAAUCCAGCCAAGAAGAUCGAGACCGGAUACAGCUAGCAAUCCAUCCAAGAAGAUCGAGAGAGCGGAUACAGCUAGCCUAGCUACGCGAAGGAUCAGAUCAUCGGCAUGGAGCUGGAGCUUGGGCUGGCGCCACCGAAUUCCGGUCAUCUCGUCGUCGACGAGCUCAGCAGCAGCAGCAGCAGCGGCGGCGGCAGCGGCAGCGCGCCGGUGUCUGCCUCGUCGGCCGGGAAGAGGGGAUUCAGGGAGGCGUUCCAGGAGACGCUGCUGCUCUUCGACGACGGCAGCUGCUGCAACACCAGCGACGACGAUUGCAGGAGGAGGAAGAAGACGGUGGUGGGGUGGCCACCGGUGAGCUCGGCGCGGCGGGCGUGCGGCGGCGCCAACUACGUGAAGGUGAAGAAGGAAGGCGACGCCAUCGGGAGGAAGGUUGAUUUGGCCCUCCAUUCCUCCUACGACGAGCUCGCUGCCACGCUCGCCCGCAUGUUCCCCACCAACGACCACCAAGGCGAGAAGAAAAUGGCCAAUGAUGAUCAUGGCGAUGCCGCUGGACCUGUGGUCACCUACGAGGAUGGUGAUGGGGAUUGGAUGCUGGUUGGGGACGUGCCAUGGGAUGAUUUUGCACGAUCUGUGAAACGCCUGAAGAUACUGGGUUAACUGAACUGAAGGAGAUGCAUGCGUGAGUUGAUGGAGCACAGCUCGGUUUUGGUUGCCUGGCAUCUGCGUGUGGGUGUGCACUGAUGUAUGUACAUGUUUUCGUUUUCAGUCAGGAUGUUAGGACGAGAGAAAGAGCUUUCUGUCAAAGACUAUAUACUGCUAGCUUAUAUAUACUGUAGUUGGGCACAUCUCAUGUGUGCCCAGGGCUAGGUUUUGAGAAUGUUUACAGAGUUCUGUGUUUUUACACCUUCUAUAUGUUUUGCAAACUGAUCUUGUACUAUAAUACUACUUUUAUUUAUUUCUCUCUUUUUUUUCA